AUGGGCAACUGCAUGUGCAAAUCCUCCAAAGGCGGAACCUCCGCCGAAAAACGGAAUGCGUCUCCCUACUCACCCCCAGCACCUCCCCCAAGCAAAGAACAGAGCCAGGAGCGGAUCAUGCAACCUUCCGACGCUGCUCCACGCAUCGCGACGCCUAUUCCAAACGUGAGCGCUUUUGAUGAUGAGAUUGUUCAGAUUGGGGACGUUAGGUACAUUCCUCCUGAUGUCACGCAUCCACCGUGGGAGGCGAGCUCUUCUCACGUGGUCGACGCCUUGGAGAUUCAGAUGGAGGAUGGGACUGUGUGGCGGUCAGGUUUCUAG